AUGGCGCCACCGCGGGCCAGAAUCUUCAGCAAAGCACUUGAAAGACUCAUUUGUGCGCGCGCCGAGAACUGCCUGUUCGCCAAAGAUGGCGAUUUCCACGCUGGUUUCGCGGCGGAACAUCGAUUUGGGGAAAGAGACAACAUGUCUGCUCGUCACAAUCACGAGAUGAGUGCGAUGGUGAGGGUCUCGCACCUCCCCCUGGUCCGCUCGGCGCUGCAGUCGGUGACCUCAGUGUACUCCGAGGCCAAAUGCCGCUACCCUCUGCUGGGUCUGGUGGGAGACGUGGCAGAGGUGGGGGUCCGGAACGCCUCCAUGGUGGCUUUGAGCGGCGCCACCCCCAUCAUGCAGACCCUCCGGCCUCAGAUUGAGGUGGCCAACAGUUUUGCUCUUGUGGGUCUUGACCAACUGGAGAAGAACUUUCCCAUUCUCCAUCAGUCCACCGACGAGGUGGUGGGUCACCUGAAGGACGCUUUCUUCCUGACUCUGGACGACAUGCAGUUGUGGGUGGUGGAUGGGCUGGACGGUGCCAUGGACCAGAUGGAACGCCUGACUCACGCCGCCUGGACAGUGGUGAGGCAGCUGCAAGAAACGCAGGUGGGACAGGCUGCCUCGUCGGGUCUGGACGAUGUGCUCAGCCGCCUGGAGAAUGCCACGGCCUACUAUAUGCCUCUGCCGCCCACGCUCCGUCGCGAGUGGGAGAUGAGGGUUCAAGAAUACGAGGAUGAAGACGAUGAUGAUGAGCCUAGCGUGUGGACGAGGGUCCGCAGUCUCCUACUGAGCAUCAGCCUGCAGCUUUACUACCGCAUGGCCAAACUGCAGAAACAGCUGGAGGAUGCAUCCAGAGCCCUGGGGGACACUGUCCAAGCAAUGGGACUGGGGGCCGUUAUGAAGCUUCUGGGGGACCUCCUGCAGUACCUUCAAAGGCUGCUUGUGGCGCUAGUGUACCGCACCGAGAGCCUGAGGGAGCUGGGUCUUGGCCGGAUUCGGGAACAGGCCCUCAUGUUGGUGGAGCUCCGUCCAGUGCAACAGAUCCGAGAGUUUCCACUUCAGGUCAGGCAGGUCCUGGUAGAUCUUCGGGAACUCUCUAGAAUCCUCCUGCAGCUCCUCAUCAACGCCACACCGCUCUACAAAAUGCUCCAACAGCCAUCCGAAAAAGAUGUUGAGGACUUCCUGAGCCAGGAGGACUUUCGCACGGAAAGCUCAUCCCGCCGCAGCUCGGCCAACAGCCUCUUCCUGAAGGCCAUGGACGGACGACCCCGCCGGCGCAAGAGUCUCUUCUCCAGGGUCGUCCGCAGUCCGGGCCCCGAGUCCUCCCCCUCCGGCCGGCGCUCUAGCCUGAAGCAGGACUCGGAGGCGGAGGGCUCCCCCGCCCCUUCCGACGGCGCCGGGCAACGCCGCCCGUCAGCCGCCGAGCUCAUCCUCAGCCCGCUCAAGCAGUUCGUAUCGCAGAGCCAAAAGGCCUUCGAGUACCUCAACCCCAACUCGGCAGAAGAGUCCAUCAGCGACAUCAUCGACUGA